GUGAGCUAAUAAGCUACUAUCAGUGCGACAAUACUUUUUAUCUACGCGAACAUGUCCGUAAUUUGAACAGUAGUGCAGGUGCUCUUUUAGAUUUGACAUAAAAAUAAAAACAACUAUGGACCGACAAAUAAUGAUUUAGGUGAUAGAUUUGCGAUGGAUAAAAAAUCGAAAAAACAUAGUAAGAGUUUAGAGGAGAUCUCUAAAAUUCCACCUCAACAAGCACAGUUAACCAGGGCUCAUGCUACUAGACACAGUUUGCAAACGGUAAGCAAACUCGAAGAAACACCGCCUUUGAGACACACCAGAUCACAGAUUUAUGGCAAACCAAGAAAACAACACACCACAAUAAUUUUAGAUGAUAGGAUCGAGGAAGAGGAAGAUUCAACGACGGAACCAGUAAUAACUAAUCCAGUGAGUGAUAUUAGAAGUAGUCAGAUAAGCAAGAAAAGUCACAGGUCAAGAUCAGGAAGUGCAUCAACAAGCAGAUCGAGAAAGGAAAGCAGCACACAUGAUAAUAAAGCUUUUGAAAGCAGUUUAGACAAUAUUAGUGUGAUCUCAGGAAGAAGUGCCGCUGAUGUCAAAAGCUAUAGGUCUUCAUCAAGAACACCAAGUGUUAGCUUGUCAGUUCAACAAGAGCAAUAUUGUUGUAAAUCAAAGUGGACACCCUGCGAAAAAAGGCUUACAGCUCUAGUGGCAGUUCUAUUAACAGUAAUCCUCAUUCUUCUAAUAUCAGUGAUAGUAUUAUCAACGGCCAACAAAUGACGUCGCCUACAAAUGACAAUUCCAAAAUUCAAGUUAUUAAGUAUAUCCAUAUCAAAAUCUCUCAAAUUUAUUUGUAUAUACAACAGAAAAGAGAUUUCGUAUUUAUUUGUAUUGACCAAAAUUUAUAAAUAGAUUUAUAACAAACAAA